AAAAUAAUAAAUAUAAACAUUUAUUUAAUAAGUGUCUUUGCAUUUUUAAUCUUACAACCCAUCUUGUGUUGAAAAAUUAUUGAAAAUUUCAUUUAAUCACAUUUAUAGGAAACCAUUCUUGCAGCUCGCUUUGCGCGAAACAUGUCCAGAAGAAAAGAAUACACUAAAUUAUGUGUUAGCCUGAACUGAAUGUUUUUUGAUUUUUGCUUCUUUUUUCGUUAGUUUUUUGAAACGAUAAAUUCAUAACGUUUGAAAUUAAAAUUAUCGUAUAUUAAAAAAUGUUUUUUCGUAUUUGAUUGCGAUUGGUAUUCUGGCUGAGUUUCAUUCUGUAAAUUAAAAAACCUUAAAUUUUCUACCACCUCCCAAUAUCCACAAAAGACCGUUAUUUUCAUGUCAGAAAUCACUCAAAGGCCAACAUGUUUCAAUUUAUAAUGUUCAAAGAUAUCGAUUAGAUGUUUCAAUUUAUAAUGUUCAAAGACAUCGAUUAGAUGUAUAACCUUAACCUCAAAAUUUUGAUAUUUUGACUUGCCAAAAAGCAUUGCACUCUCUUUACAGUUAGUUGACGAGAGCGGUUUUCAUACCUCUAUGAAAUUGUCACCAAUGCGCAAGUACUCUUUGCCAAUUCGGCUUGCAAAAUUGUGAAUGAAAAAAGAUAGGGAAAAUCGAGACAAAAACAAAGCGAAAAACAGGCAUGUGAACUAAGAGCAUUCGCUACUGUUGACUUGGUAUACUCCGUUUGUAUACACACGCGAAUACUCGCCAGCGCAAUACAACACUGUGUUAUUUCAACACGACCAGCCUGCCAGUCAGCAAUUCUCUCUUCACCAUCAGAUACAAUACCAGCAGUUCUAAUGUGUUGUCGUGGUAUGCGUUGAAAUUAGUGUAGGAAAACAGUUGAUGAAGUGAAACGUUUGUGCCAGUGAAUCUCCCUUGUAUCGAUUAAGUUGUGUCAAAAGUAUAGAAAACAAAGAAAAUUUAAUAAAAUUGUAUAAAUUUUGUUUCAAAUGUAUGAUCCAAGAAAUUAUUUUCCAAAGAACUACCAUUCCACUGGAAUAGGUUUAGUGAAUUUAGCCGCACUUGGCUAUAAUAAAAAUGAACAAGAUGGUGGUGGUAGUAGUGAGCCACCAAAGACUGGUCUUUAUCCAGCGCUGCCGUAUCCCACAGCACCACCAGAUCCAAGCGGUGUAAGUUUAAGCUAUGGUAUGCCAACGCCACCAACACAAAUGCCGGGCUACGCUUCAUCUGCGGCACCAUAUCCGCCAUCACCAGCCGCACCGUAUCCGCCACGACAGUCGCUGUAUCCGACCUUGGGGCCGCAACCUUCACAAAAUUUGCCAUACCCCACUGGCAUGCCACAACCGUUUGCGCCGUACUCAUCGGCACCAUAUCCGACUGCGUAUCCGACACCGUAUCCUCCAGCUGCGGCGCCAGCUUUGCCCUAUCCAACAACAAUGCCAAGUGGCAUGCCGCUGCCAUAUAGUGUGCCACCGCCAACGUCACCAUCCAGCCUUUAUCCGACUAUACCAACGCUGCCAGAUGGUGCUAUGCCAACGUAUGGUGGUGGUGGCGGUUGCCUUGUAAGUGAGGCAGCGAAUGAAAAAUUACCCUCACCCGAGGAGGAGCCCUCUGUAGGUGUACCGGAGAUACCUUUCUCCGCUGUUCAGGUGCCUGAAAGCGAGAAUAUGUUUUGGAUGAAGGAGAAAACAAGUGAGUCGCGUCCGCAAGAUGAUUCACAUGUGCCAUAUGAAACAUUACGUGGUAGUUGCUUAGACAAUGGCACACUUUUUGAGGAUCCAGCAUUUCCAGCGAAUAAUGACUCACUCAUGUUUUCACGUCGACCAGAUCGCUACAUCGAAUGGCUGCGCCCGCACGAAAUUACCGAUGAUCCGCAGUUCUUUGUUGACGGUUAUUCACGUUUCGAUGUGCAGCAAGGUGAAUUAGGUGAUUGUUGGCUGUUGGCUGCGGCAGCGAACUUGACUUCAGAUCCAAACUUGUUCUUCCGUGUUGUGCCGCCAGAUCAGAAUUUCGAAGAAAAUUAUGCGGGCAUAUUUCAUUUUUGUUUCUGGCAGUAUGGUAAAUGGAUAGAAGUUGUGGUGGAUGAUCGAUUACCAACAUACCGUGGAGAAUUGAUAUAUAUGCAUUCCACGGAGCGCAAUGAAUUCUGGAGUGCUUUGUUGGAAAAAGCAUACGCUAAACUACACGGCUCCUAUGAAGCCCUCAAAGGCGGUACUACUUGCGAGGCUAUGGAAGACUUUACUGGUGGUGUUACCGAAUGGUAUGACUUGAAGGAGGCACCGCCUAAUCUAUUUAAUAUACUCGUCAAAGCAAUGAAUCGUAAUUCAUUGAUGGGCUGUUCUUUAGAGCCCGAUCCAAAUGUAUUUGAAGCUGAAACUCCACAAGGUCUUAUACGUGGCCAUGCCUAUUCAAUAUCGCGUGUGUGCAUGAUCGACAUACAUACCCCCAACCGUCAGGGUAAACUACCAAUGAUACGUAUGCGUAAUCCCUGGGGCAAUGAUGCCGAAUGGAAUGGCCCAUUUAGUGAUAACUCAGCAGAAUGGCGUUAUAUACCUGAACACCAGAAAGAAGAGCUGGGCCUUACUUUCGACGCAGACGGCGAGUUUUGGAUGCCUUUCCAAGAAUUUCUUAACAAUUUCGAUCGUGUAGAAAUUUGUAAUUUAUCGCCAGACUCACUGACCGAAGAACAAGAAGAUAGUGGUAAGCGAAAGUGGGAGAUGAAGAUGUUUGAAGGCGAAUGGACAGCCAAUGUUACUGCUGGUGGCUGCCGUAAUUUCUUGGAAACCUUCUGGCAUAAUCCGCAAUAUGUAAUCACGCUCACGGAUCCUGAUGAAGAUGAUGAUGAUGGCAAGUGUACUGUUAUAGUUGCUUUGAUGCAGAAGAAUCGUCGAUCGAAACGCAAUCGUGGUAUGGAAUGUCUAACUAUAGGUUUUGCAAUUUAUCAUUUAACCGAUCGUGAUAUGGAAACACGGCCGCAGGGUUUGAACUUCUUUAAAUAUCGUGCUUCGGUAGCACGUUCGCCACAUUUCAUCAAUACACGUGAGAUAUGUGCGCGUUUCAAGUUGCCACCUGGUAAUUACCUCAUCGUGCCUUCAACCUUCGAUCCCAAUGAGGAGGGUGAGUACAUUAUACGUGUGUUCUCUGAGACGGCCAACGUUAUGGACGAGAACGAUGAUUCAGUUGGUUAUUGUGAUGUUGAUGAUCGCAUCAAACCAAAUAUACCGCCACCACGCGAAGAAGAUCCACAGCGUGAGAAUUUGCGACGUCUUUUCAAGAGUAUCGCUGGUAGUGACAUGGAGGUAGAUUGGAUGGAACUCAAACGUAUACUUGAUCAUUCACUGCGUGAUGUCAUGAUUGAUGGCAACACAUUUUCGAAAGAUGCUUGCCGUUCUAUGGUGGCAAUGAUGGACAAAGAUCAAUCGGGCAAUUUGGGUUUCGACGAAUUUGAGUCACUUCUUACAGACAUCGCAAAAUGGAAAGCCGUAUUUAAAUUCUACGAUCGUAAUCAUAGUGGCGAAAUAGAAAGUUUUCAAUUGCGUGACGCGCUCAAUUCAGCUGGUUACCGCCUAAACAAUCGAGUACUCAAUGCAUUGGGCCGCCGUUAUACGUCACGGGAGGGUAAAAUCACCUUUGAUGACUUUUUAAUGUGUUCGGUGAAGACAAAGACCUACAUCGAUAUAUUCCGCGAACGCCAAAGCGAUGAGUCGAAUCAUGCGACAUUUAGCAUGGAUGAAUGGCUUGAACGAACCGCCUACUCGUAAGCGUGCUGAUGACUGCUGGGCUUGCUGUCGUACUGGAACCGGUUUUUCCACUAUUAUUGCUGCUGCUGCUGCUUUAGACGAUAUUGAACUACGCAUGCCGGCACCGGUCGCAUGUACCAGUACACUGCAGUUAAAAAAUAACCAGCGCUACCUACCUUAACAAAUACUUUAAAUAAUUAUAUCUAUAUACAUACAUACAUUUAUACAUAUGUGUAUAUUUUGUAUUUCAUCAAUUAACACGAAUCAUUAUGAGUAAUGAAAAUGAAGAGGAAAAAUCAGCCGAAAAUGAAAUGAAACAAAAAUAAGUAUUCGAAGCUUUUACAUACAUACAUACAUAUAUCCAUGCAAACAUAAAUGUACAAUCCAAUGUGUAAUACAUACUAUAUAUACAAAGCGAGUGCAAAUUUUAAGACUUUAAAGCAAAGCAACAACUUCAAAGAUGUACGUUAGUAUAAUAAAUAAAACGAGUUUUCUUAUAUAUACCUGUUA